AUGAGCGUUGAUCAUAAAUACCGCAUCGGUGUCGAUGUAGGUGGAACAAACACCGACGCGGUUGUCAUUUCUCUCAACCCAGUCUCUGUAAUCGCUUCGCACAAGUCGCCGACAACAGCAGAUGUCACUACUGGUAUCACCAAUGCUGUACAGGCAGUGAUCAAACAAUCGAACGUCUCCCUGUCUUCUAUUAGCUGUGUAAUUGUCGGUACAACUCAUUUUGUCAAUGCCGUUGUACAGCGAUCACCCUCGCUACGGCGAGUUGCUGUUGUUAGACUCUGUGGUGGUCCCGAUGAGGGCUUCGGACGUGGAAUUCCUCCGUUCGUAGAUUUCCCCGCAGAUCUUCGGCGCUCUAUUGAGUCAUCGCAUAUCUACUUUUGCAAUGGUGGCUAUCAGAUCUCCGGUAGCGAGAUCAGUCCUUUGGAUGAGGCCGAGAUUCAGCGCAUAGCAGAGGAAUUGGUCAGGAGUGAUGUGUCAAACAUUGUUAUUUCGGGAAUGUACGCUCCUCUCGACCAUUCUCAGGAGCUCAACGCUAAAGAUAUUCUGCUAAAGGCUAUGCUCCAACUUGGAGGACCUGGCUUGAAACCACGCAUCACAUUGUCGCAUGAAGUGUCUGGUCUUGGAUUUCUUGCGCGUGAAAAUGCCGCAAUUCUGAAUGCGACUUUGCGCCCAUUGGCAGAAAAGACCAUUCUUGGCUUUCAACGCGCGAUGGAAGAUAUUUUCCAGAAAAACCUCUACACAUUAUACUUAACUCAAAAUGAUGGCAGUGUCCUUGGGGCUUCCGAGGCGGUCGAGAUGCCCAUUCGCACUUUCAACUCUGGCCCGACCAACUCUAUUCGGGGUGGCGAGCUUCUUUGGCGUGCUGCAGUUGAGGCAGAUGGACACGAUCAUAGUGAUAGGACUGAGCCACUCGUCGUGAUUGAUAUUGGAGGAACUACAUCCGACAGUGGACUUUUACUCCCCAAUGGCCUUCCUCAGAUGAGCUCUGUGACCAGUCUAGUUGGUGGCGUUCGCACCAACUUCGCUCUUCCUGCCGUCGAGAGUAUUGGGCUUGGUGGUGGUUCAAUCGUCCAAACAUCAGACCGGGGGGAGUUUUCUGUCGGACCGGAGAGUGUUGCGCUCGAGCUACUACAGAAAGCCAGGCUGUUUGGAGGAGAGUACCUUACCUCUACUGAUAUUGUUGCUGCGUCCGAGCUGCAUUCGCCAACGGGAAACAACCCCUUUGAAGGUAUGGGCAACGUCGAGUUUCUCGCAAACGUCACACCGAAAAUAGUUAGGUCAUCCCAGGCUGUGAUGCGACGGAAGAUCGAGGAGCUUGUAGAUCGCACGAAGAUCCAGAAGGGUGAUGUUGAUGUCUUGAUUGUGGGUGGCGGUGCGCCUAUCAUUCGAACGGACGAACCACUCGCAGGAGUACGCAUGGUCCGGAAAGUCAGAGGUGGAGGCGUAGCUAAUGCUGUUGGCGCUGCUAUCUCAGGAGUUUCAGGUGUUAUUGACACUGUCGUCGAUACUUCAAAUCAAACGCUCAAAGAGGCGCAAGAAGCGGUCUCCCAGCUGGCUAUUGAGAAGGCGAUUUCCAAUGGAGGAAAGCCAGAGACGAUCCAAAUCGCUGAAAUUACGAUGCUCCCGAUUCAAUACGUGGACGCUAAGGCCCGCAUUCUCAUCAGAGCUGUCGGACAACUCGACAUUGUAUCUCAGCAGGAGACGCCUCAGGAGAUUGAUGGGAUAGACGAUAACGUGCUAUCAGACCAAAGGAGUAGCAAGACUGAGAGCAAAGAAGAGCAACGCACGGAACCUCCGACUGUGGAUCUCCAAACAUAUCGUCCGGAAGUCAAAGAUGGUCAGUGGAUCAUUUCUGUCACUGACCUGACAUUCAUCGCACAAGGAUGCAAGAUUCUGGGAUGUGGAGGUGGUGGUGAUCCAUACCAGGAAUACCUCAAAAACAAGGCUAUAGUGCUUGCUCACCCCGGAAAGGUGAGAGUUGUUUCGCCAGAUUACCUUCCAGACGAUGCUCUUGUCGGCUGGACCGGUUGCAUGGGCAGUCCAGAAGUGAGCAUGGAGCGCCUGGAAAACAACGAGUGCCUAAAAGCUCAUGACGAGCUCAUGAGAGUGACUGGCAGCCCAGCAGUCUCAGGAUUCAUCGCCUUGGAAAUUGGAGGUGGCAAUGGGGUCGUCAAUCUCGGAGUUUCCGCUCAUUACGACGUACCUUGCAUUGAUGCUGACUUUAUGGGUAGAGCGUACCCUACCUCUUGGCAAGUCACGCCCAAUGUAUAUGGCGCUCCUAACGGCGAUGCAUUGGUCCCAGUAACUAUCGCAAGUGGAGAUGGAUCAUUUAUCACUAUGAACAAAUCUCGUACAGACAGGCUUGUAGAUAGAGCCUUGCGAGCUUCAUGUGUUGAGAUGGGCUGCCGAGCUGGAAGUGCCGGGCCGCCCAAGACCUCAAAGACCGUGAGAGAACAAGCGAUCACCAACACGGUAUCUUUGGCCUGGUGGAUUGGACGAGCGGUGGCACUGGAGAAAAACAUCACAGAUAAGGCGGCGCGUAUCAUCAACGAAGUUGGUGGUCCCGGGAGUGCGGCUAUUCUGGGUCAAGGCAAGGUAAUUAGCGUGGAGCGUGUUCUCAAGACUGGACAUAGCUAUGGUGUUCUGGAAGUUGAUGGAACCCUCAGCGAUGGAAGUAAAGCUUUGAUCAAGGUCCCGUUCAAGAACGAAAAUGCAUUCGUUGAAGCCGUGGCAAAUGGUGAAGCUAAGAUCUUGGCCUCUGUUCCAGAUUUGAUCGUUGUUAUCGAUGCAGAAACUGGUGCUGGUCUUGGGACCCCGGAGUUCAAGUAUGGCUUGAAAGUUGUGAUCAUCGCCAUCGCUGCUUCACCUCACUGGACAGAUACAGAGCGGGGAAUGGAGCUUGGAGGACCUGGAUCGAUGGGAUUUGAUGAUGUGAAGUAUGUUCCGAUUGGAAAGUACAGCCAGCCUCGGAGCGUCAUCGAGGUGUUUGGUUGA